AUGAAUUCCACCUUAUUAACAUGUAAACGCCUCGGACAGGUGAUCCAAACCGUUAGGGGAAUGAAGAAAUAUGCGUUCCCUGUCACUUUCGAGAAUGUUAACUUCCCACCCAGUGGUCAAAUGAAGCUACCUGUUAUGCCACCUGAGCCGUUUUAUGAUGCAGAAAAAGGAGAAAGAAAGUUCAAAUCUACGAAACGAAUGAUUGAAGCUAGAGGUGUUGAAGAAAUUCAUUGUGAUUUAAUACACGAACAGUAUGGCUUAGCUGCUGUGUCUGGAGGUUUCAUCAGCUCCGACGAUUUCAAAUUCAUUCAAGACAGAAUCAACAAGAAUCUGCUGCAUAAGCAGUUUGCAGUAUGGAGAGUCGAUGCUCCUUGGUUGCCAAGAACAAAGAAAGCGCAAGGUUCUCGGUUGGGAGGUGGAAAAGGUUCCAUCCAGAAAUACGUAACCCCAGUACGCGCUAACCGCAUAAUUCUUGAAGUUGGAGGUUAUAUAACUGAAAUUGAGGCUAAGGCUUAUCUAACAUAUCUGUGCGAUCGUUUCCAGUUUCCUGUUGAGUUCGUUUCUCAACGUAUGUUAACGGAACGAAGAGAGAAUGAGAAAGAAAUUGAGAAGCACAAUAAGAAUCCUUUUAAUUGGGAUAAGGUGAUAAAGUACAACAUGCAAAACUGCAGAAGUUGGCUAUCAGACUACGACAUACAGUGGAAGGGAAGAUAUCGUUGA